GCCAUGUCACGUGUGAACGUGCUCGCCUCAGAGUCCGCCGCCGCCAGUGGGAGAAGAUGUUGUUCGGGGGUGCCGGUAACAGCUGCAGAGAGGAGCCCGGCCGGAGGAGGCCUGCACCGGAUUUCACGUUGCCACCUAAGAGCACGUGGCAGCACAGAUGCCCAUGACUAGGGGAAACAGACAGCUGCCGCCAGGUCCUACAGGCACUCCGCCCAGCCCAGAAAACAUGGAUAAACCCCUUCUGCCGCAUAAGAAGAGGAGCUGGUACCUGGCCUGGAAAUAUAAACUGAGCAACCAGCGGGCAGUGCGACGAAUGUGUCAGACAGCUGCUGUUCUCUUCCUGCUCGUCACUGUUAUUGUCAACAUCAAGCUGAUCCUGGACACCCGGCGCGCUGUAAAUGAAGAGGAAACUGACCAAGAUUAUGAUGACAACGUGCAAAAUGUGGCAUUCCCUCGCCGAGCGGCCAGUGGUAAAAAAAUACUAGAUGUUGAGGUAUACUCCAGUAGAUCGAAGGUUUAUAUCGCGGUGGAUGGUACGACGGUGCUGGAAGAUGAGGCCAGGGAGCAGGGAAGAGGAAUCCACGUCAUUGUCCUGAAUCAGGCGACGGGUCACGUCAUGGCAAAGAGAGUGUUUGACACGUACUCGCCCCAUGAAGAUGAAGCCAUGGUCCUCUUCCUUAAUAUGGUCGCUCGAGGUCGUAUUCUCAUCUUCACCGUCAAGGACGAGGGUUCCUUCCAUCUCAAAGAUACAGCCAAGAACUUGCUGAAGAGCCUGGGCAGCCAGGUUGCAGCCACUCUGGGCUGGAGGGACAUGUGGACAUUUGUGGUGAAGAAAGGAGGACACAUCUAUGGUGAAAAACACUCCAAGUCUCCAGCUCUGUCUACGUGGGGUGAUCCAGUUCUUCUGAAGACCGACAUACAACUAGUUCCCCCUGAAGAUGCAGAAUGUCAUUGGCCAGACACAGAACUAAACAGGAGGAGGAAACACUUCUGCAGCAAAGUGGAGGGUUACGGCAGCGUCUGCAGCUGUAAGGAUCCAACUCCUAUUGAAUUCAAUCCCAUGCCUCUAAAGGAAAACCGUGUGUCCAAUGUUCCAGUGGCGGUUAUAGCCGGGAAUAGACCAAAUUACUUGUACAGGAUGUUGCGGUCUUUGCUGUCAGCGCAGGGUGUCACCCCACAGAUGAUCACAGUCUUUAUUGAUGGUUACUAUGAGGAACCAAUGGAUGUGGUAGAAUUGUAUGGCCUGAAAGGCAUCCAGCACACCCCAAUAAGCAUUAAAAAUGCCCGUGUGGCCCAGCAUUACAAAGCCAGCCUGACCGCCACGUUUAACCUGCAUCCGGAUGCCAAGUUCGUCAUUGUUCUAGAAGAAGACCUAGAUAUCUCCGUAGAUUUCUUCAGUUUCCUGAGUCAGACCAUCCAUCUGCUGGAGGAGGAUGAGAGCCUGUAUUGCAUCUCUGCCUGGAACGAUCAGGGGUAUGAACACACAGCUGAAGACCCCUCACUUCUCUACAGAGUGGAGACCAUGCCAGGUCUGGGCUGGGUGCUCAAUAAAAAUCUUUACAAGAAUGAGUUGGAACCAAAGUGGCCGACGCCAGAGAAGCUGUGGGACUGGGAUAUGUGGAUGCGAAUGCCGGAGCAGAGAAAGGGACGGGAGUGUCUGAUUCCAGAUGUGUCCAGAUCCUAUCAUUUCGGCAUAGUAGGCCUCAACAUGAACGGAUAUUUCCAUGAAGCUUAUUUUAAAAAACACAAGUUCAACACUGUUCCUAAUGUGCAGCUAUCAAACGUGGAAAGCCUGAGGAAGGAUGCUUAUGAGAUAGAAAUACACCGAAUCCUGAGUGAGGCAGAGGUGCUGGAUCACAGUAAAAAUCCUUGUGAGGAUUCAUUUAUCCCGGACACUGAGGGGAAGACCUACGUAAUGUACAUCCGGAUGGAGCAGGAAGCCGAUUUCACCACCUGGUCUCAGCUUGCAAAGUGCCUUCACGUGUGGGACCUUGAUGUCAGAGGUAACCACAAGGGGCUCUGGCGUCUAUUCCGAAAGAAGAACCAUUUCUUGGUGGUUGGGUUUCCUUCUUCUCCAUACUCGACUAAGAAACCUCCAUCGGUGACCCCAAUUUACCUGGAACCUCCCCCCAAAGAAGAAGCUGCUGUCGCUGCAGUUGACCAGUCCUGACACCUAGCUGAGAGGUCCUGACAAACCGUCCUGUUGACCUGCGUGUUUCUCUGCUGCCGGCUGAGAAUUCUCCUGUACAACGUGUCCGCCUUGCAGUCUGCAGGAACACGCAGCUCUGGCUGUAGCAUUCUGUACAUUGACCACUAUAUUAUACCUUGUGAAUGGAUUGAUCCACUGUUGUUACGGGGGACUUCUCAUGUAUUGAGGCAUCAGGGUCUUCCUGUACUCUGCUCUCAUCCUCUGCACAGUCAGGUUACACUAACAUCCACUAACGGAAGUGGAGGAAGGGACUCAACUUACCAGUACUUUCAAAGGAUAUUUGUUUUGCUGUUUUGUGGGACAUAUUGAUGUGUGACUUCUGGACAUUAUUUAUUGACAGACUUCAUGAAUGUCUCUUUGGGGUUUUUUUUUUUUUUUUUUUGCG